AUGGCCCCAGGAAACCACUCCGCAGUGACUGAGUUCAUCCUGGCAGGGCUAACAGAGAAGCCAGAGCUCCAGCUGCCCCUCUUCCUCCUCUUCCUGGGGAUCUACGGGCUCACGGUGCUGGGGAACCUGGGCAUGAUGGUGCUGAUCGCGCUCAGUUCUCACCUGCACACCCCCAUGUACUUUCUCCUCAGCAGUCUCUCCUUCAUUGACUUCUGUCAUUCCACUGUCAUCACCCCCAAAAUGCUGGUGAGCUUCGUGACAGAGAACACCAUCUCCUACCCGGAGUGCAUGGCUCAGCUCUACUUCUUCCUUGUCUUUGUUAUCGCCGAGUGCCACAUGCUGUCUGCCAUGGCCUACGACCGCUACGUGGCCAUCUGUAAGCCCUUGCUCUACAACGUCACCAUGUCCCGUGGAGUCUGCUCCUGGAUGGUGGCUGGCGUGUAUGGCCUGGGGUUGAUUGGUGCCACGGCCCACACUGUCUGCAUGCUGAGAGUGAAUUUCUGUAGGGCAAAUAGAAUAAACCAAUACUUCUGUGACCUUUUCCCUCUCCUGGAACUCUCCUGCUCCAGUAUUUUUAUUAAUGAAACAGUAGUUCUGUGUUUAAGCACUUUUAAUAUCUUUGUGCCGACCCUGACCAUCCUGGGCUCCUACAUCUUCAUCAUCGCCAGCAUCCUCCGCAUUCGCUCCGCGCAGGGCAGGUCCAAGGCCUUCAGCACCUGCA